AUGUCCAUCCGCGACUCUACUUCCAGUCCGACCAAUAUGGGGCGAGGGGCCUAUGAUACCACGGGAAUUCCCAAGCCUCCCCAAGCCGAAGCCGCGAUAAGCUAUUCAAAGGCUGAUACGCGGCCCGACACCGCUGUCUCGCCUGAGACGACCAUUAUCUCUCGCCGCACCCCUCGCGCCAUGCUCUCCGAUAUGCUAUCGCCCGACACCGCGCUCACCAUCUUCUCGUUCACAUCGAUAGCUCUCGCGCUCUCCCAAAAUAUCCCGUUCUUCUCCCGAAUAAUCUCCCAUGGCCGGGCAUUCAGGCGACUGUACUUCAUAGACAUCUUUCCACUGUUGCUCUGUACGACUUAA